ACUAGUACUACUAUAACUACUAGUACUACUACUACUACUACUACUAGUACUACUACUACUACUACUACUACUACUUCUACUACUACUAGUACUACUACUUCUACUAUUAUUACUACUACUACUACUAGUACUACUACUACUACUACUAGUAGUACUACUACUAGUACUACU